CGGAUUUUAAUUCUAGAUUACACAUACAUAACCACAUAGUAAAGAAAUGCCUUUAUACUUAAGUCCAGCCAUUGUUUCGAAUCUUUCACUUAGCGCGUCGGAUGUGUUAACAAUGGAUUCGGCAGCAGGCUCCACGGCUGCCUUUGAAAUAGAAGUUACAACAGAAAAGAGUCAAAGUAACAGCGAUAUAGAGGAAGAAACCCCAGGAAAUACCCACAGCGAUUCAUCGAGGAGUGAUGACGCAAUCAGAAGAGACAAUUUUUUCCAUGGUGACAUAACACCUGAAAAGGAACCAUGCGCAGAUAUUAACAUCAAAAGCGAUACAGAUAAUGCAGCAGUAGGGAAAGAGGCACCAGACUGUGAAACUAAGUAUGAAGAAAUCAUACAAGAUCAACCAAACGCCACUGAAACUGAAAUUCAGGCUGCUGUGCAGCACUUAAAAGAAGAAACUGAAGCAGAUGACGAACACGAUGUAAUAACUGCCAUAGAUGAUACCGAUUCUGCUCAUUCCACGGAACAACUUAGUGAGAACACAGAACAAUCUCCUUAUGAACGCCAUAUAGGGGCUAAUAUUACCAAAGAAGUUGAAGAGGAAACUAAUGUAACCGAAGAGCAAGCCAUAAAAAAUGAAUCACCAAUUGAGCAUAGAGAGGGAGGUUUUCCAACAGAAGCAGCUGCUGUCUCAGCCAAUAUUGAUGCCAAUACUGGAAUUAACAACGCAGCUAUUAUUCCACAAGCACAGGGAAUUUCAGUUACCCAGUGCGUAAAUACCGAAGGUUACCAAGCAACUUAUGUAUACCCAACAGACCCGUCAGUUUACAACAUUCAAGGACAAAUUCAACCAAAUGUCACCGUCCCUCAAAUGUACAGUGAUCCACCAAACUAUUACCACCACCACAACAUCACUACCGAUUCGUCCGCUCCCAGCGUUCCCUAUCAUCCGGAAGUACAAGGUAAUCAAGUUUCAGAUCCGAACGUCCCACAGGUACCGCCCUAUCAGAGCGACAUUCAGGAGUCAUAUAGGUCAGAUUCGACUAAUUCUGCUAAAUCGGACCAAGAACAAAUCGGAACUGAUCAAAAUACUACGGCAGUGUGGAAUUACUAUGUUAGCCAGAGACAAAAUGAGUAUACAACCUUCGGGCAAUACGCUGAAUAUCAGAAACAUUAUGAAAUGGGUCAGCAAUAUGCGGAAGAUGAUCAAGGUCAGAAUCAAGGUCGAGCAAGGUCACAAGCUGACCCAAUGCUGCCUAGAGAAACAGACGCAGAAGAAAUGGCGGGAUACGAAUCUCAACAGAUGUACAACGCUACUUCUGCUAGCGGUGUUGAGAAAUAUGGAAACGCCAAGAAUGAAUAUGAAAAUGUAGGGCAAGAUCAAGGUAACGAGUCUGCAAGAUACACCGCCAAACCCCUGGCCAUGGGAACACAGCCGAGGCGGAAACAAAAGAAAGUCGUAGUUCCUGCAGAUCCAAUGAAGUGGCAGAUCUGUCACGUGAAGGAGUGGCUGGAAUGGUCCAUCAAUGAACACAACCUUCAUGACGUCAUCGAUGUGACGAAAUUUCCGGAUAUGAACGGGAGAGAAAUGUGCCAGAUGUCACGUGAAGAGUUCACAAAGGUUAUAGGAAACUAUGACGCCGCUAUAAAACUUCUAGAACACAUUGAAUACCUCAGAGACGCGUUUAACUCUGGGUCUGACGGGGGAUCACCGGAAGUGGCGGCUGGAAUGGCGCCGUCCUCAUCCUACAUGCACGUGAGCGGCGGAACAUGCCUCACCAAGAAUGAAGCGGGAUUCGGAAAGCCUUGGCCAUCACCGCAUAGUCCUGGUUCAGGCUACGGACCAUCGUCGGGCAUUUCCGGCCUAGGGAAACCAGGGUUCGAGUCUCCACACGCACAAUGGCGCUCAACACAAGAUGCAUACCAGUUACUGGGUCCUAUUUCUGCGCGAUUUUCAAACAGCGGCAGCGGACAGAUACAACUGUGGCAGUUUCUGCUGGAACUACUUUCUGACAGCCGCAACUCACAGAUCAUCACGUGGGAGGGUACGAACGGGGAAUUUAAACUCUCUGAUCCAGACGAAGUGGCCAGAAAAUGGGGCGAAAGAAAAAGUAAACCCAACAUGAACUACGAUAAACUUAGCCGAGCGCUGAGAUAUUAUUAUGACAAAAACAUCAUGACCAAAGUACACGGUAAAAGGUACGCGUAUAAGUUUGACUUUAAUGGACUAGCUCAAGCCGUUCAACCAACGGCGGACCACAGUGCGUAUAAAUAUCCGCCUGAAAUGCUCAUGUCGACAGCAUAUCCUGCUCCAAAAUUGAACUUUAUGUCACCCGGUCACGCACCAAUGACAUCAGCACCAUCCUCGGCUAUUUUUGGCGCAGGGAAUCCCUACUCGUGGCCAACAACGUCAGCGGGAUUUUUCCCGCCAAGUAUUCCCAAUCACGUGAUGUCACAUGGUCAUCUCUCAACGCACAUGCCUUCGUAUUACUGAAGUCUGGGUUUAAAAAGACAUGUGUUUUAUUAAUGUAUAACUUUUGUCUAUGACAUUCGGACAGGGUUUCCAUGCUUUGUUAGUACCAACAAUUGGAGAUACGUUAUGUUGACAACUGUUCAUUUUGUGUGUUUUAUUAUAACCAAAGAACAACUACAAUUGCAAGAUAGAAGUUUUACCAAAAAAAGAGCAUUUAUCCAAUCAAUAAAUUCAUAAAAUAUAUAUCAUAUUCAUAUAUUUAUAAGAGCGUGUGAUAUUCUAGAAAGGAGAACCAUACGUUCGCGUUCUAUUAAACUCAUACUUAAUAAGUUAUACUGAAAAAGUGAAAGAAAACAUUCCUUUGAACUGAAAGUGCUAUGAAGCAUAAUAAAUAUAUAUUUGUUCUAUUUAGUCGGAGGUUAUCCGAGUGGCGCACUGUUUUGGAAUACAUGAAUGUUCCUGUUGCGUCCACAGAAAUACAUGAAGUUAUGAACAAUGCAUUGCCAAAACUCGUGAUCUGUUUCCACUGUUUGCAUAUACAUGUAAUAUUUUGUCAAUAUUGACGUGUUUAUUACACGAUUAAGUAUUGUUGAUAUUUAUUAUACCGUUCUGUUACAAUUUUUACAUGAAAUAAAUUUUAAAGAAAC